AUCAUCACAAACUGGGCAAAGUUUUCCCACAACUGUAGUAAAGUUAGUCACGAGACCACGGAUGUUGGCAGGAGGAGGGAAACCAAGAGCCGCGCAGAUUAGAGUCUGUUAAAGUUACAGGAUUCCAUGUUUCUCCGUGGAAAGACUUUCCGUUUCUCCCCUUAAAAAACCCAUUUUUAGUGGCUGCUAUUUUAUGCUCGGAGUAACGCUGUGAAGAUGGGACUUAUUCCCUGACGAAAGGAGCUCUUCGUUUAGAACGAGCGGAUGAUGGUUUCGUUUUUGCCCAAAUUUCUGUAAAUCCUCUUAAAGAAUCAGCUGGAUUGAGUAUCGAAGGAACUGCUGAACAAUGGGGCCCUUUACAACACCCAAAAAGAGAGCGGAGGCCACUUCUGCUGAUCCCUGGACGCCGACCUCCAACCUUAAAAUGCUCAUCAGUGCUGCUAGUCCUGAGAUCCGGAACAGGGAAAAGGAGAUGUGCAUGGAAACUGAUGAAAGGGACGGCUUAGAGCCCACACAGGAAUCUGAAAACUGUGAAGAGUCAGAGAAAAUGAUCAGCAGAAAAGACAAGAGCCUUGGCUUGUUGUGUCACAAGUUUCUGGCCCGCUACCCAGAUUACCCGGAUUCAGCCCUCACAGAUAUCUGCCUGGACGACGUCGCUGCUCAGCUCACUGUAGAACGGCGGCGCAUAUACGACAUCAUGAACGUCCUGGAGAGCCUGCACAUGGUCAGCCGCUCGGCCAAGAACCGCUACUCUUGGCAUGGCCGGACCAAGCUGGCCGAGACCCUGGCCAUUUUGAAGCAUGUGGGAGAGAAGCACAAGUAUGGGCAGCAGAUGCAGCAGAUCCGGCAGCGCGUCGCUGACGGAGAGUUCGACUUUAAUGGAGAAGAGAAAGAGAAUAAGGAUGUGGUGGAUGUAGAUGGUGGGGAGCAGAAGGAGCUUUUCUUCGUGGAGCAUCCAGGAGUCGAGUUUAAAGCAGCUUCGGUUAAUAGUAGGAAAGACAAAUCUUUGAGGGUGAUGAGCCAAAAGUUUGUGAUGCUGUUUCUGGUGUCUAACCCGCACGUGGUCAGUCUGGACAUGGCAGCAAAGAUAUUAAUAGGAGAGGACCACGUCACGGAUCAAGACAAGAGCAAGUUUAAGACCAAAGUGAGGCGAUUGUACGACAUAGCGAACGUGCUGCGAAGCCUGAAGCUGAUUGAGAAAUUCCACGUGUCAGAAGCAGGGUCAAGAAAACCAGCUUUCAAAUGGAUCGGUCCUGUAGAGCUACCCCCACUAAAAGAUUUGACAAAAUCUUCACCGGAGUGCCCUUCCAAGAAGAAAAAAGUACUUGAACCAUCUGUAGAAAACUGUGCCAAAAACCUCUUUCCUUCAUCGGGAGGCAAACGCAGCUUCACCAGACACCCUUCCCUCAUAAAGCUCGCCAAGAGCAUUCAGGAUGACCGGCGUAAGAUCAACUCUGCCCCCAGCAGUCCGGUUAAGUGUGUCCUCGGGGAUUCGGCUAACGUGGACUUUCCCAGCAAAAUGGCCCAACUUGCUGCUAUUUGUAAAAUUAAACUUGACCAGGAAUCGAGGCCAAAGGAAACUCCAGAGCCCUCCGCUCCAGAGAGAGACACAGCAGCCGAAAUGUUACAGCCAUCCUCCUCUGGUCCCAUGGAUCCACCUAAGUUGCCUUUAUUAACGGCGACUCAAGAGCCCGGAGGCCACCGAACUCCAACCACACCUCAAACAGGACGAGGCCCCGUUUCUUUCAUCCCUGCACAGUGUUCCCCCCUGAUUCCUGUCCUUAUACCUCAGCAGCGGGGGAAUGGGCCCUACGCCGUGUAUUUGCACCCUUCCUCCCUCAGGUCAAACCCUCUGUCCAGACCACAGCCAACUAGCCUUGCUGUGCGCUCCAUGACGUUUGAAGACAAGACUGGACAGAGUCCAAACACCCCGUCUGCAGCUAAGAGCCACCUGCUUGUCAAAGAGUCCGAUGGCAGUCCUUUGACUCUGAAACGUCAGCGUUCAGAUUCCACCUCAGAGAGCAGCCCCUCUAAAGCCAAGAGAUCUGACUCCAACUUAAAGGACAGUUCUCCGAAGCUCUGUGAAAUCCUGCAGGCCCGUCUGAAGGCGCGCCGUGGUGCUCACCUCGUCAGCCGACCCUCGCCCCGUGCUCUCCACUUGGACCCAGAGUUUGUUAACACCCCAGGGAGCGCCUCAGACAAUCAUGCUCUGGACCACAGCUUGGAGAACCUCCUGGAUAAAGAAGAGAAGAUGGCAAACUCUGAUAGCGAGGCUGGUUUCACACCAGUCCGGGCGGUUCCUCUCACACCUGGACAGAUCCACUCAGAGACUCUAGUGCCAGCCGGAUACUUGAUCCCAAUUUCACAGCAGUCCCUUAUCAGCUACAAGGAAUUACAAAGCUCUGGAGAAGAAAGCGGCAAAGCCUCACCCUCUUACAACAUCUACCAAACCCCGACUGCCGGCUCCAGACCUGCAGCAGCAGUGGAGGUGACACCCACCAAUCUUCGAAUGAACAAACCACCAAAUGCUGCCUCCGUCUCCUCUCCGCACACCACCCAGCAGCCCCACCGCCUCAGCGGCCCGAGUCCCGCAAUCCUGAAUUUCACACUGCAGAAUUUUGGUCUGAUCUCCAGCCCAGGAGGCACCUUUGCAUCAUCACAGACCCCAGAGCGCUCCGGUACCCUGCCCAGUCCGCUAACUCUGCAACAGAGAGGAAUGGUUUUCAUCAAACCGGUUUCUCCUGUUCCUGUCCAGCAGGGGCUGCCUGGUCAGCCGCUCACACUGAUCAGUGUGCAACAGCCUUUGAUGACCACCCCAAAAGGAACAGGACUCCCUCAGCACAGCUUCUUUCACACACCGGUCCCGCUUUCGCCUCUGGCUGCCAUGGUAACCACCAACGGACAGCCGGCCACCAAAACUGUUUACAUCCCUCAGAGGAAGCUGGACGUCUCGCCUGAGGACUCCUGAUGUCGAUGUUGGCAAUAAGUGUUAAACAUGAACUUGUGGGUGGAGGGUUGUCCGUCUGUCUGUGUGUCUUACGUGUUUCAAGUUAUUCGUUACCUCUGAACAUUUCACAGCUUCAUUGUGGCUUUUGUUAUCACAACCAGUCAUAAAAAUAGCUGCCAUGCAGACUUUGGCUGAGACCCAACAGACUUACGGUAACCGAUAUAAAAGCAGUGCAGAUACCCAGGAACACUACUGUUCUGCUCCAUGCGACUCUGAGAAAUGUUAUCCCCAGGAAUGCAUUCAAAUGUACUAACUGUCUUGCUUUUCUUUUUAUUUGUUUUAAUAUUCUGGAUUUCCUUUUGCUUGAAAUAAUUUCAUCUAUGGUGUAAAAUUUAGAUAAUUUUUGCACAUAUGUACAUGUGAAAUGCUACAACCUGAAAAAAUUCUUGAAUAUGUGAAUAUUUUAUGCUUUCUGCAUCGAACAUUUUGUUGGGUUUAAUUUAUGAGAAGAGAAUGUGUUUGGUUUUAUGCCCUGGUCUAUGUAAAAUGUUGAAUGCAUUUUAAAAA